AUGGCAUGAGCCGUGCGUCGAGAUCCUGUCAAAGCACCAAACAGCGAAUUUCAAACGCCUGAACUUUUCCACUCUUUCCUGAGGACUAUUUUACAAUUUAAAGGGGACAUCUUAUUACCUUUUUUUCCCACUGUCACACCAGAGCAGCACUUGAAGUCACUCCACCGCAGUUGCGCUUCUGUCUUAAGACAUUUUAAAUAAAAGGAUAUGGUGUUGGACAUGUGAAAUACACGGGGAAACUUCAAACAUGAAGCUGGCAUCUUCUCUGUGUUGCCUCGGGUUUCUUCUCACUUCAGUGGCGGUCCGUCUGAGCGACUCGCAGCAAGUAUGCACUGGCACAGAGAAUAAACUGAGCACUCUGUCAGACCUGGACCAGCAGUAUCGGACCCUCCGUAAAUACUAUGAAAACUGUGAGGUGGUGAUGGGGAAUCUGGAGAUCACCAGCAUCGAUCGCAGCCGUGACCUGUCUUUUCUUAGGUCCAUUCGUGAGGUGACCGGCUAUGUGCUCGUGGCACUGAAUCAAUUUGAAUAUCUUCCCCUGGAGAAUCUUCGCAUCAUCCGAGGCACCAGGCUGUAUGAGGACCGCUACGCUCUGGCAAUCUUCCUCAACUACCGCAGAGAUGGGAACUUCGGGCUCCGUCAGCUAGGCCUUAAGAACCUCACAGAAAUCCUGAAUGGAGGGGUGUAUGUGGACCAGAACAAGUUCCUGUGUCACGCUGAUACAAUCCACUGGCAGGAUAUAGUGAAGAACGCUCGCCCUGAUCACCUGGUUGUGCCGUCCAAUAGCAGCAGCUCCUGUCAGAGGUGUCACAGAGCAUGUAAUGGACGCUGCUGGGGGCCAAAGGAGGACCAGUGUCAAAGCUUGACGAAGACGGUGUGUGCGGAGCAGUGUGAUGGCCGGUGUUUUGGGCCAUACGUCAGUGACUGCUGCCAUCCUGAAUGUGCUGGAGGGUGUUCAGGACCAAAAAACACGGACUGUUUCGCUUGCACAAACUUCAACGACAGCGGUGCGUGUGUGACCCAAUGCCCACGGCCCUUCGUCUACAACCCCACCACGUUCCAGCUGGAGCACAAUCCAUGGGCCAAAUACACAUACGGAGCGUUCUGCGUCAAAAAGUGCCCACAUAACUUUGUGGUGGACCACAGCUCCUGUGUCAGAGCCUGUCCCAGCAAUAAGAUGGAGGUGGAGGAGAACAGGAUCAAGAUGUGCAUCCCCUGCACUGAUAUCUGCCCCAAAGCAUGUGAUGGGAUCGGCACUGCCAGCCUUCAGACGGCACAAACUGUCGACUCCAGCAACAUCGACAGAUUCAUCAACUGCACAAAGAUCAACGGAAACCUGGUGUUCCUCAUCACAGGCAUUAAAGGGGAUGUUUACCACAACAUAGAACCCCUGGAUCCAGAGAAACUCAACGUGUUUCGGACUGUUCGAGAGAUCACUGGUUUUCUGAACAUUCAGUCUUGGCCAGAAAACAUGACUGAUCUGAGUGUUUUCUCCAAUCUGGCAACUAUUGGAGGCAGGGCUCUCUACAGUGGCAUCUCUCUUCUAGUGCUGAAGCAGCAGUGGAUUUCUUCAAUGCAGCUGCAGUCUCUCAGAGAGAUCAGUGCUGGAAAUGUGUAUGUCACCAACAACAGUCAACUCUGCUACUACAACACAGUCAACUGGACACGACUCUUCCGCAUCAACACCCAGAAGGCCCUGAUCCGCAACAACCGUGACCCUAAGGAAUGCAUUUUGGACCGUAUGGUAUGUGACCCGCUGUGCUCUGACGCUGGAUGCUGGGGUCCGGGACCUGACCAGUGCCUGUCCUGCCGCUUCUUCAUCAGGGGACGCACCUGUGUUGAAUCCUGCAACCUACACGAAGGGGACGUGCGUGAGUUUGCGAAUGGCUCGGUGUGUCUGGAGUGUGAUGCGCAGUGUGAAGUGGCGGAGGAUGAUGCUCUUACCUGCACUGGACCUGGUCCUGAUCACUGUGUUAAAUGUCGUCACUUUAAAGAUGGACCCAACUGUGUGGAGAAAUGCCCUGAUGGUCUACAGGGAGCGAGCAGCUUCAUCUUCAAAUACGCUGAGGCCAACAAUGAGUGUCACCCCUGCCAUGUCAACUGCACCCAGGGAUGCACAGGGCCUCGUCUCCAGGACUGCAUCGGCGUGAUGGACAGGACUCCUCUUAUUGCGGCCGGGGUUAUUGGAGGAUUGUUUGUGGUGAUCAUCAUAGGUCUUAGUGUUGCCAUAUCAGUGAGGAGGAAGAGCAUCAAGAAGAAGAGAGCAUUGAGGCGCUUCUUGGAGACCGAGUUGGUGGAGCCUUUGACCCCCAGCGGUGCAGCCCCGAAUCAGGCACAACUGCGCAUUCUGAAAGAGACGGAGCUGAAGCGGGUGAAGAUCCUCGGAGCCGGAGCCUUUGGCACUGUUUACAAGGGCAUCUGGGUUCCUGAGGGUGAGACUGUGAAGAUUCCUGUUGCCAUUAAGAUCUUGAACGAAGCGACAGGCCCCAAAGCCAAUGUGGAGUUCAUGGAUGAGGCUCUGAUCAUGGCCAGCAUGGAGCAUCCUCACCUGGUGCGGUUAUUAGGUGUUUGUCUGAGUCCCACCAUACAGCUGGUCACUCAGCUCAUGCCCCACGGCUGUCUGCUGGACUACGUGCACGAACACAAAGACAACAUCGGCUCCCAAUUACUGCUCAACUGGUGUGUUCAGAUCGCAAAGGGUAUGAUGUAUUUAGAGGAGCGGAGACUCGUGCACAGGGAUCUGGCUGCUCGAAACGUCCUAGUAAAGUCACCUAACCACAUCAAGAUUACUGACUUCGGUCUGGCUCGUCUUCUGGAUGCAAAUGAGAAGGAAUACAAUGCAGACGGAGGCAAGAUGCCUAUAAAAUGGAUGGCCUUGGAGUGCAUCCACUAUAGGAAAUUCACCCACCAGAGUGACGUAUGGAGUUACGGAGUGACUAUCUGGGAGCUGAUGACAUUUGGAGGAAAGCCGUAUGAUGGAAUUCCUACCCGAGAGAUCCCGGACCUGCUGGAGAAAGGAGAGAGGCUUCCUCAGCCUCCCAUCUGCACUAUUGAUGUCUACAUGGUCAUGGUCAAGUGCUGGAUGAUAGAUGCAGACAGCAGACCCAGAUUUAAGGAGCUUGCAGCAGAGUUCAGCCGGAUGGCAAGAGACCCACAACGUUACCUAGUCAUCCAGGGGGAUGACCGUAUGAAGCUGCCGAGUCCCAACGACAGUAAGUUCUUCCAAAGUCUGCUGGAUGAGGAGGAACUGGAGGAUCUAAUGGAUGCCGAGGAGUAUUUGGUGCCACAAGCCUUCAGUAUUCCUCCAUUGGCAUACACAACUAGAUCCCGCAUGGAUCCUAACAGAAACCAGUUCGCCUAUCAGGACGGCAGCUUUGGCAUGGAGGAGAUGAUGGCCACUAUCCCGCGGGUUGUGGCUGUGUCUGCAGUCAGUCCAGGCUGCUCCACUCAAAAGCAAUCGAAGGGCCAACAGGGGGCCUCGGGCUCCUCUGAGGCGUUUGAAGACAGCCGUUGUAAUGGCACUCUCAGGAAGAAGGCUUCACCCAGGGCGAGCUCUGGGGACGACAGCAGCGGCCAGCGCUACAGUGCAGAUCCCACGGUGAUACUGUGUGAGCAUGGAGCAAGAGCUGAGACCGACCAGGAUGGAUACAUGAGCGCCAUGCAGGACAAAAAGCCCUCAGAUUUUCUCAAUCCUGUUGAGGAAAACCCCUUCGUCACCCAUCGCCGAAAUGGAGAGAUCCACACUUUGGAGCGAGGCUACCACAGCACCUCCAAUGGGCAGCCCAAGGUGGAGGAUGAGUAUGUCAAUGACCCACUGUACCUCAACACCUUUCAUAACACUGGGGAAAAGAGUCACGAUGCUUUGAGGAAGAACGGAGUUCCUGUGGUGCACACAGCGGCAGCAACAGUAGCAGCAGCGAAUACCAUUACUUCCAACAGCCAGACCCUUUCCCAAACCAUGCAGCCAGCAGCAGCGUCCAGUUCCCACAUCACAACGCAGCCCCUCUACCAAGGCAAACCAAGCAUCUCCACCCUCUCAGGCCACACUCUUCACUCUGCUCAUCCCGGACAUGCUCUCCACCCGACGCACACUCUCCAUCCUGCUCACACCGGGACCAUCAAGGCCGACUUAAAGGCCAAAAAGACAUUUGACAGUCCUGAGUACUGGCAGCACAGUCUUCCCCCUAAGGCUACUCUUCACAAUCCGGAGUAUCUGCAGGACUGCAGCACACGCUUCUUCUACCGCCAAAAUGGUCGGAUUCGACCUGCGGUGGCCGAGAACCAGGAGUAUCUGUCUGAUUAUGCGCUAAAACCGGGCACUGUGUUGCCACCACCUCCGUACCGCCAGAGGAAUACUGUUGUUUAGCAACAACAGCCAAGACAACUAAGGAAAGAUGGAGGUAAAGAGAGAGUCACACUGGCUCUCACACCAGCAUCCCGAUCUCUAAACUGGAUUUAACACCCAACCUCCUACGACCUGGAACUGAUCCGCUUGAGUGAGCUUCUCCUCCAGAGGCAACAGUCACAGAUGGCCACGUCAGUCAAAUGUCCUCUUCCUGCUUGUCUCUUCUCAACAUUAAGACCUUUUUCCUCCCAACUUUUGGAAAAAACGAAACUCUUCCCGACGUACGGUAGGCGUUACGCUCAUCUCAUUGAAAGCAAGUACUGUCCGAGGAACAAUUUUUGUGCAAUUCCAUUGAUCUUGUUUUGGUUAUUUGAUUUUGAAGCUUUGAUAUGAUCUGUUGUAAUUUAUGACUUUGGUUAGCGUAGUUUACUUUAGCACUUCAUGAGGCUAAUGCAAAGCCUGGAAAUAUCAUUCUGGGCCAAGACAAACAAGAGAGCCUAAAGGGUCACUACUAAUUGAGACAGACCUGUCUGUAUACUAUUAUAUACAACAAAUCGUGUUCAUUGUAAUGUGAUGUCAACUGGGACCUUCACGGAUGGCAGAUCUCCAAAAGAGUGUAUCUCCAUUCAUUUGUUUUUAUUUGCUCAAACAAGACACCAUUUAUUACUUCUAUUGAGCCGCUCUUUCCUCACUUUGUUUUGUAAGACUGGAACACUUCCCGACUGCUUUAUUGUAUACCAACACGUGAUGAAGAGAAACACUCCAUGAUAAGAACGAUAUCAGCUCACAUAUGAACGAGACGGUACAACAGCUCACCACAAAAAAAUCAAUAACUUCAUAAAAGCUGAUCUGCAACAGUCUACUGUAAUAACAUUUUUAUUGUCGAUCCAGCCAGCAUUGAUCCGUACGCUCAUGGAGUUGUCACCUUAAGGUAGCCUUCUUUAGUUUGUCAUUUAAUGUGUGGAACGAAAAACCCAGAUUGGGUCUACCUUGAACUUUAGAAGCUAAAAUCAAUACUAGCGACUGAAAGCGCAGGUGGAUGUAUGGCAGAGAACAAUGGAUAUGUACACACCUACUGAAGCCCAGGUUUGCACGAAAGACUCAACAGCACACAACGUCUGGAUCAUCUUCUGAAAUAUGGCCGGAAAACUGUUAUAAUAUAAACUUUUACACGUGCGAUUGGAGAUGUUUGUGUUUGCAGCUUUUUCUAGCUGGGAUCAAGCUCCAACAGUGGGGGAUAUUUGGAAGUCAAGAUGAUGGUGAUACCAUCAAACAGUACCAUGAGGAACAAAUGACUGGAAUAUUUGCCCUGAGGUCAGAGAUGAAACUCAAAUCUGUCAUCUCAAUUUGAGCCGUCUCCCUUAAUGACUUUUCUGUAAGAAGCAUCUCAUGAAGGUACAAGUUUAGGAUAGUAAUGCAGAAUAUUCCUCAAAUGGUGGAAACCAUCUUUGCUACAUCUUACCGCAACAUCCUGCUUUCUAAGGCCAGAUUUGUGUAUAGUUUUGAACACUGCCAGUCACUAUGCUUUUCUGGUGAGAGAAUAUUAAUAAUAAUAAUAAUAAUAAUAAUAAUGUUGUGUUGCUGGUUUGGAAAUGUUCAAUUGUUUUAUAGCACUUAACAGCCUGGCACAGCCGCACCAACGGCACUGAUGGAAUUCUCAUUUAUUAUAGCUCACAUGACCAUAGCAAACAUCACCCACCCACAUUUUUUUCUUUGUAUGAUUUUUUUUUGUUUAUUUUGUGCUUAUGAAUAUGAAGGUUUACGGUUACAUGGAGCACUUUAAUUAACGAACGUAACAAAGAUUGAGCGCAGCUCUUUUCAUUGAGGGUACUGCUGUUCCCAUGUGAUAACAGAUUAGACAGAUGACAUUUUUGGCUCUCUAUUGGAAACAAAAUCAGGGAACGUUAGUAAAGCGCAGCAAUUUUGCCAAACACAGAUGUUUACUAAUUGAAGUAUUUAUCUCUAACUUUAAAAAGAAAGCAAUUAGGGCAGCAUUUUAGGUGCAAUGCAGUAAAAUAUUACCUAUAACAAUAAUAGUGAAGCAGAUGCUUUGUUUUAGCUCCUAUAGUGUUUGGAAAGUAGUUCUAAAGUAAGUAAAGUGUAUUGAAAUAUGGCCAAAUUAUAUUUUUAUUCAUUUAUAUUCAUUCAUUUUUGUAUUUAUGACAAACCUAACGAGGAGAAAAGCUUUUUUAAAGGUUUUUAGUGGAGGUUAUGAAAGCCCAAAGAAGUGCAACCUUCAAGAAAACCCUCGUGUAUAGUCUUAUCAAGAGGGUCAUAGCUUUUGAUGAACUAUUGUGGGAUGAAGAUCGUUCUCUGAAUCAAAAUAAAAGACAUAUAUGUGCAUAUGCUACUGAUAGCUUCAUUGUAGAUCAGGGUGUCUGAAUAUCCAGAUAUGUAGCAGCUGCUGUGGAUAAAAGUUGGGUAAAGAUCUCGUAAAGUGAGGAACAACUUGACUAAAAUGCAGGGAGAAGGAUACUUAAAAUACAAGGGUGAUGGUUUGCGAAGGCAUUCGUCAUCAGAGACUGUUAGAAAAUGGGACUUGUGUCUUUUUGGAAACAUUUUCAUGUUGUAGAAACUCUGGGAAAUGGGGUUUUAAUAGAGCACAAACACUCUGUCUCGCUGCACAUUGUUCACUGCUGAUUCACUUUUAGCAGAAUCUAGAAGAACACGAGACAGACGUCUUGACAUGAACUUGUGUAAAUAUUCCUGAAGGGGCUUGGAGAUUAUGUGAAGAGUGAUCAGAUACUGUUGAAGGCUUUUUUUUUAGCGUUGCAUUAAAAAUCUGAGGGGUGAGUUCACUAAGAAUGAAUUGCAGCUACUGAUGGUGUUGUUUCUUUGCACACAAGGCUGAUUCAUCAAAACAAUUUUGAAGAUAACAAUACAUGGCCACAAAAUGUGCUAAAUUCAAUGUUUACAUCCAGAUCUUACAGAUCUUGCUUUUGGAAAAUGGAGGAAAGUUUAAACUCCAGCACUGCAGUUCAGACACUUUGGUUUGUCAUGCAAUAAGCAUUUGAAUUUUUUUAAUUCUUUCAUCCAUCUGAUUUUUAGCCAACUAAAAACACCUUUUCUGUGCUCAUCUAAAAAAGCAUAGCUGUGGGACUUUGAGAGCUUUGUUCAUUGGGAUGCUGUUUGAUCAGGCCUGUAGACAGUAGGGGUUUUGGUGAUUUGAACACCACCCCAAUGCCAGAAUUUGUCAGUUGUUUGUCUCUUACAUGAGCUCUCUAUAUUGAUUGCUAUACCAUUAUAAAUUGUGAAAACUAUUCAAAGAAGAUUUUAAGACUAAUCGGCUUCACAACUGUCACGGUCUGUUUUUCAUAACAACUGUUUUCCAACAGCGAGCUGCAAACAAAUGUGCUCUCAACCUGAGACGUGAGCAAUUUAAAAAGCCAUCUUUCAUUUUAAUCUUGUUAAUUAUAGAAAAAAAAACAGCAUUUUACAAGUAAAUGUUAGUGUAUUCCUAACCUUGAAUAUUGAUCUAUUAUUGAAUCUCAAAAUGGCCAAUAAAAAUGUGUCAAGCACCAAAAGCAACAUAUAUUAUACAAAAAUAUAAUUAUCUGUGAAUUUUCAGAUUUCUUUUUUUUUAUGAGAGGCUGGAAAAGUCGUGAAACACUUAAUUAUUAUUAAUGUUAUUAUUGUCUCAUUCAUAUAUUGUUCAGAUGAACAAAUUCUGACUUCUGAGGAAAUGUGUGUGCGUUUCCCGAACAAUGACAUAACUAGUUAUAGCUGAACUAUCAUAGUAUGGUGCAUUUUUUGAGAAAAGAAUGAUGUAGUGACGAGUGUUUCCCAAAAGUAUAGUUGCUUUGUUACAGAUUCAUCGUUUGAACCAUGUUAGUUAUAACGUAAAAUGUCCAUAAUGACGCUCAAAACAGAGUGGAGUAACAACUUAUUUAGAGAAAAAAAACCAAAUUAAUGCAAAUUAUAUUGUUUUAUACACACAUGCAUUUGAAAAAAAAAUCUAAUAUUAGUUUUGGUAAAAAC